AUGGUUGCCAAUCCCGAUUCUGAACUGCCUCAUAACAACUUCGACACGAUUCUCGUGCUCGACUUUGGCUCCCAAACAAGUCAUUUGAUUCUGCGCCGGCUUCGAUCUCUGGGUGUUUUCGCCGAACUGCUUCCCUGCACGACCAAGAUUGCCGAGUUGACAUGGAAGCCCAAGGGAAUUGUCUUCUCUGGAGGCCCUUCCUCCGUCUAUGAUGAGGGCUCACCCCAUGUGGAUCCCGCGGUUUUCGACCUGAAUGUUCCCAUCUUGGGUAUUUGCUACGGCUGCCAGGAGAUUGCUUGGCGAAUUGACUCGAAGAAUGUUGCACGUGGAAAGGCGCGAGAGUACGGUCAUGCCGACGUCAAAAUCACCAAGGUCAACAGCCACGUCGACCGCCUUUUUGCUGGUCUGGGAGAGGAGGUUCCGGUCUUCAUGUCUCACUUUGACAAGCUUGUUACUUUGCCUACCGGAUUUGUGGUCAUUGGUGCUACCAAAAACUCCGAGUUCGCCGGUAUUGCUCACGAAGAGAAGCCCAUCUUUGGUGUCCAAUUCCACCCCGAGCUCGAACACACACCCUGUGGUACCGAUAUCCUCCGCAACUUCAGUGUCGAAAUUUGCGGAGCUCAACCAAGCUGGAAGAUGGGAGACUUUGUUCAGUUGGAAAUCACUCGCAUCCGGGAGCUCGUCGGUGACAAGGCUCUUGUGCUGGGCGCUGUCAGUGGUGGUGUCGACAGCACUGUUGGUGCAGCUCUCAUGAAGGAGGCCAUUGGAAACCGCUUCAAGGCGAUUCUUGUCGACAACGGAUGCAUGCGCCUUAACGAGUGUGAGCAAGUCAAGGAGACUCUUGGAGAGCACUUGGGUAUCGACUUGACUGUUGUCGAUGCGGCUGAGCUUUUCUUGGGCCGCCUCGCCGGUGUCACUGACCCGGAGAAGAAGCGUAAGAUCAUUGGAUCUACCUUCAUUGACCUUUUCGAACAAGAGGCUAUUCGGAUUGAGAAAGAAGCCGAGAACACUCCUAACUCCGGAAAGGUUGAGUGGUUCCUACAGGGUACCCUGUACCCCGAUGUCAUUGAGUCCCUCAGCUUCCGUGGUCCUUCAGCCACGAUCAAGACUCAUCACAAUGUCGGCGGUCUGCCAGAGCGCAUGAUGAACGGCCAAGGUCUACGCCUGAUUGAGCCGCUGAGACUCUUGUUUAAGGAUGAAGUCCGGGCCAUCGGUCGACAGCUCGGCAUUCACGAGUCUCUUGUGAACCGCCACCCCUUCCCCGGUCCUGGCAUUGCCAUCCGCAUCCUCGGUGACGUCACCAAGGAGCGAGUUGAGAUCGCUCGCCAGGCCGACAACAUCUUCAUCACCAUGAUCAAGGAGGCUGGCCUCUAUGACCAAAUCUCUCAAGCUUUUGCUGGUUUGGACACUAACCGCAGUGUUGGUGUCUUUGGUGACCAGCGCGUUUGGGGCUACAUCAUUAUUCUCCGCGCUGUUCAGACCAAGGACUUUAUGAGCGCCGAGGUCUUCAACUUCGAUAACGCCUUCCUCGCGAAAGUCUCGCGCGCCAUCUGCAACCAGGUUGAGGGUGUAGCUCGUGUUGUCUAUGACCUUACCUCCAAGCCCCCUGGCACGAUCGAAUUGGAGUAG